CACAUCAUCGGUAGUAUAUAUAGUACAUCACGCUAGCCAGCAGUAAGAAAUAAUGGCGCCUCCGAGCCCGGCAGGGAUGGGUGGGCCGGUGUGGAUGAGGUACACGCCUCACGCUCUGAUGGUCCUGGCGCAGCUCUUCUUCACGCUCCUCUACUUCAUCACCGAGGCUGCGUUCAACCGGGGGCUCAACCCCUACGUCUAUGUCACCUACCGCCACCUCCUUGUCGCUGGUGUCCUGUGGCCGUUCGCCUACUUCUACGAGAAGAAGUUGAGGCCCAAGAUGACACUCAUGCUGUUUCUGGAGAUAUUUGUACUGUCACUUCUGGGGGGAAGCUUAACGCUGAACAUGUUCUUCUCGAGCCUGAAGUACACGUCUCCAACUUUUGUCGCCUCCAUGGUUAACGCCGUCGCUUCAAUCACGUUUAUCAUCGCCAUCAUCCUCGGGAUGGAGAUCGUACACGUCAGGAGCCUGCGAGGGCUCUCGAAAAUUGCAGGUGCCAUGGUGUCGUUCGCCGGGGUGACCACCAUAAGCCUGUACAAAGGAGCGGCGGUGAAGAGCCUCUGGAAGGCGCCUAUUCAGAUACACGGCAGCAGCGGCGUCGCGGUGGCGCACGAGAGCUGGGUGAAAGGAUCACUCCUUGCGGUGGCCAGCUGCAUAUGCUGGUCACUCUGCUUCAUCUUGCAGGCGUCGUCUAUAAAGAGGUACCCGGCCAAGCUGUCGCUGACGGCAUGGAUGUCGAUGGUUGGAGGGAUGCAGUCGGCGGUUUUCGCGGCGUUUAUGCAGCGCAACCUGGACGAUUGGCUCAUAGGCUUCGGCGUCAAGUUCUGGUGCAUCGUGUACACGGGAAUCGCCUGCAAUGGCUUGACGGUUAUCAUUCAGCUGUGGUGCAACAAGAAGAAAGGCCCCGUGUUUGUUACCAUGUUCAACCCCCUCUUGACGGUCAUGGUGACCACCCUGGCCUACUUCAUCUUUGGUGAAAAUCUGUACGUCGGGAGCAUAAUUGGAGGGGUCCUUGUGAUUCUGGGGCUUUACAUGCUGCUAUGGGGCAAGGACAGAGAUCAACAACAACGCAAAGACACCAAAGAGCAGGACUCAGAGUUGGACUGCGAGAGGCAGGCGACGGCGGAACUAAGCGAAGUUUCUGCCGCACGGGACGACAAAGCGCCAAAGACGAAGAAGUGAUCAAAAAGGAUUCAGAAGUAGUGAAAGCCUAAGCCACGUACAAAUUUUUAGUUCAGUUUCUAAUGCACAAAUUUUCUCUGGUAAACUCUCACCUUUACAAUAAAACAAGACAACGAGUAAAGAAAACAUUUGUCAAAACAGGAUCCAGGGGGUACGCAAAUUCAGUAGCAUGCAUGUGAAGUUCAGUGGUGAGGUGGUGCA